AUGGACAAAUCUUGUACCUUGCUUGUACACUACGGCAAAGGAACUCCAGCAGUUACCAAUGAGAUUAAACAAGCUCUCCAAGGAAACGAUAUCGAAGCGAAAGUCGAUACCAUGAAGAAAUCCAAUCUUCGGAAUAACCUUCACCAUCCGAACGUGUACAUUCGUGGACUGACGCUAAGGUUUCUCUGCCGGUUGAAAGAGACUGAAAUAGUUGAGCCUUUGACUCCAUCAGUGUUGCAUAAUCUGGAUCAUCGUCAUCCAUUUGUUCGUAAGAAUGCAAUUCUGGCUAUCAUGUCGAUUUAUAAGCUUCCACAAGGUGAUCAACUCUUUGUGGAUGCACCUGAAAUGAUAGAGAAUGUUCUAUUAACCGAACAAGAUCCGUCUGCAAAGAGAAAUGCAUUUCUAAUGCUCUUUACUUGUGCUGAAGAACGAGCGGUGAACUAUCUUCUGAGCAAUGUUGACAAGGUUUCUGAAUGGAAUCAAUCACUUCAGAUGGUGGUUUUGGAGUUGAUUCGAAGUGUGUGUAAGAAUAAACCAGCAGAGAAGGGGAAAUAUAUUAAGAUUAUUAUAUCUCUGUUAAGUGCUACUUGUUAUGCAGUGAUCUAUGAAUGCGCUGGUACGCUUGUUUCGCUCUCAUCUGCUCCUACUGCUAUUAGGGCUGCUGCCAAUACCUACUGCCAACUUCCUCUUUCUCAGAGUGACAACAAUGUGAAGCUUAUUUUACUCGAUCGGCUAAAUGAGCUUAAGACGUUGCACAGAGAUAUCAUGGUUGAGUUGAUAAUAGAUGUGCUUAGAGCACUCUCAACCCUGAACCUUGAUAUCCAAAGGAAGACACUUGACAUUGCUCUUGACUUGAUUACUCAUCAUAAUAUUAAUGAGGUCGUUGAUAUGUUGAAGAAAGAACUUGUCAAGACACAGAGUGGAGAAUAUAGACAAAUGCUUAUUCAAGCAAUCCAUGCUUGUGCGGUUAAGUUCCCCGAAGUUGCAAGCACAGUGGUUCAUCUUCUAAUGGAUUUCUUGGGAGAUAGUAAUGUGGUUUCAGCUCUUGACGUGGUUGUUUUUGUUAGAGAGAUCAUAGAAACAAAUCCCAAGUCAAGAGUUUCAAUCAUAACCAGGUUAUUGGACACGUUCUAUCAUAUCCGCGCAGGAAAAGUCUGUCCUUAUGCACUCUGGAUUAUUGGGGAGUAUUGCCUAUCUCUUUCGGAAGUUGAGAGUGGCAUUUCAACCAUUAAACAGUGCCUUGGCGAGUUACCAUUUUACUCUGUUUCUGAGGAAUCUGAGACACCAGAUAGGUUCACAAUCUGUUCAGCCUAUACAACGAAAUCGAUGUACCGAACGACCGACUACUAUUCAAGAUCCCUGCAACCUGGCUGCAAGAUUGCUGGAGUCCGAGUUUACUCAAACGCACUUGACCUUCGAUUACAGAUUUUCGUUGGUCGCCUCAUGGUAACUUUUUCGAUAAUGCCAGCGGAUAUGGUGAUAUCGGUGCUGGGACCUUCUCUUGGGACGACAAGACAAAAUCAUCUCUGCAAUUAA